ACGGUUAGUUACAAUCCUUGAUUCUGAUUGGUCAAUAGCUGUGCUUUAUUCACGAUAAAACACGGCUAUGACCGCUUCACCCAACGGUUCUAUUUAUCACUGCGCCAUUAGCAACACCCUUAGCAACCACACGUAUCAACAUAAACAGACAAAAAACGUAAGAAUUAAAAAGGCUAAAAUGUUUAAAGUAAAUUUCGAUUUAUUAGGUGGCAUGACGAUGGAUAAGUGGUUUGAGGAACAAUUUGUAGAGACUUCUACAAAUAUGAACCGUCAUGCUGAAGUGCUGAAAUGUAACAUUGAUACAUUCGAGAAGACUCGUAAUGAAAAAAAUACCGUGCAGCAAACCCAAUGGGCAGUGAAAUGCUUCGGUGACUGGUGUAGUGAAAAGGGUUGCAGCAUUGAUUUUAAACAAAUCACCAAGACGGAACUCAACGCACUUCUCCGUGACUUCUACGGAACUGUCAGAAGCUCCAAAGGCGAAAAAUAUGGGAUCAGUAGCUAUGUAGCGUUACGUGCGGGUGUGAACAGAUUCCUGAAUGAUCCACCUUUGAGUUUGUCCUGGUGUCUGAUGAGAGACAGCGAAUUCACCUCAUCCAAUAAUGUUUUCGUUGGAGUCGUAAAGACAAUGAGAAGAGAGGGUCGUGAUAAAACGGAGCAUCACACAUCGAUUUCUACGAAAGAUUUCAGCACCAUAAAACUGUCCGAUGCGCUUAAUCCUAACACACCUGAAGGACUCGUUAACAAAGUCUGGUUUGACGUGCAGUUACACUUCGGACGUAGAGGAAAAGAGGGGAACCGAGAACUCAUUCCAGACUCAUUCCGCAUUUUAACAAACGAAAAUGGUGUAAAGUAUGUCACAAUGAGCUUCAAUGAAGACACAAAAAACCAUAAGGACCCACAUGACAGAAAUAAGGAGAGCAGGCGUGGCUUCAUGUUCCAACAAACUGGGAACCCGCUUUGUCCCGUUGCCUCUCUAGAGAAGUACGUUUCUCUUCUGCCAUCUAACCCCCCUGCUUUUUACCUUCACCCCAAAAAGCAAAACCUCUCUAAAUGUGUUUGGUACACAAGAGAGCCUAUGGGUGUGAACUACCUCGCAACAAUGUUGCAGAGAAUUUGUAAAGCAGCAGGCACCUCAAAGGUUUACACAAAUCACUGCCUUCGCAGCACCAUGGUGCAGAGAUUGUCCGAUGCUGGUCUCGAAUCGAGGGAAAUUAUGUCUGUGAGUGGACAUAAGUGUGAAAGUUCACUACAGAGCUACUGGAGGCCAAACUUAAAACAAAGAAAGCACUGGAGCGACAUUCUUGCUGCAACAGAAAACACUGCUGACAGUGCUGAGCCCCAACUAAAGAGAACCGCGUUAAAUAUCACCACAGUGGAGCCGAUUGAAAUGAGACAAAUAUUUAAUGCGUGCACAAUUAACGGAGAUGUUCAAAUAAAUUUAAAUAAACAACAAUAAAAAAGAAUCUCUUGUUAG